GGAAGCGCUAGACGCUCGAGCGACAUUUUCAUCUCAUUUGAUUUCCUCUUCAGCCACAGGCCCGAUUCGGACUGUCUGAUCUCGAACCCACAGCAGCUGGAUGCUCGGAACGAACCGGAGCUUGAACCAGACGCUCGUGCGCGGUAUUCGCUGGCUCUGAUGGUUCUCGUCAGACUGUGACACUCAGAGACUCCAGCAUCAGCCCUCAGCAUGUCUGCUCUACAGGCAUCAUGGCCGCCGGGCACCGAGUGUGUGGCCAAGUAUAACUUCCAGGGCAGCACAGAGCAGGACCUGCCCUUCUGCAAAGGAGACCUGCUGACCAUCAUCAGCGUAACCAAGGACCCAAACUGGUACAAAGCGAAGAACUCUGUUGGCCGAGAGGGAAUGAUUCCAGCAAACUACGCCCAGAAGAGAGAAGGAGUCAAAUCCGGAGGAAAGCUCAGUCUGAUGCCAUGGUUUCACGGUAAGAUCACGCGUGAGCAGGCGGAGCGGCUGCUGUAUCCGCCGGAGACGGGGCUGUUCCUGGCGCGAGAGAGCACCAAUUACCCCGGAGACUACACGCUGUGUGUGAGCUGCGACGGCAAGGUGGAGCACUACCGCAUCAUCUAUCACAGCGGGAAACUGUCCAUCGAUGAGGAGGAGUACUUCGACAACCUCAUUGAGUUGGUGCGACAUUACACCAAAGAUGCUGAUGGUCUUUGCACGCGACUCAUUAAACCCAAGCUGAUGGAGGGGACGGUUGCAGCACAGGACGAGUUCUCCAGGAGUGGAUGGGCUCUGAGCAGGAAAGAUCUCAAACUCAUUCAGACCAUCGGCAAUGGAGAGUUCGGAGACGUGAUGGUGGGAGAUUACAGAGGGACGAAGGUGGCAGUGAAGUGCAUCAAACACGACGCCACGGCUCAGGCCUUCCUCGCUGAAGCUUCAGUCAUGACUCAGCUGAGACACACUAACCUGGUGCAGUUAUUAGGGGUGAUCGUGGAGGAACAAGGCAGUUUGUGCAUCGUGACAGAAUACAUGACUAAGGGCAGUCUGGUGGAUUACCUGCGCUCUCGGGGCCGGACCGUGUUGGGCGGCGAGUGUCUGCUCAAGUUCUCUCUUGACGUCUGUGAGGCCAUGGAGUAUCUGGAGGCCAAUAACUUUGUGCACAGAGAUCUGGCGGCUCGUAACGUCCUGGUGUCCGACGACAACAUCGCCAAAGUCAGCGACUUCGGUCUGACCAAGGAGGCCUCGUCCACUCAGGACACGGCAAAACUGCCCGUCAAAUGGACCUCGCCUGAGGCGCUGCGAGAGAAGAGGUUUUCUACGAAAUCUGACGUGUGGAGUUACGGCGUUCUGCUGUGGGAGAUUUACUCUUUCGGACGGGUGCCGUACCCCAGAAUUCCGCUGAAGGAGGUGGUGCCGCGGGUGGAGAAGGGCUAUAGGAUGGAGGCUCCUGAUGGCUGUCCUGUCGCCGUCUAUGACCUGAUGAAGCAGUGCUGGACGCUGGACCCCGCAGGACGACCCUCGUUCCGUCUGCUGCGUGAGAAGCUGCAGCACAUCAGAGCCAAAGAGCUGCACCUGUGAGGACGAUCCAGACCCUCUGCAUCACAAACCAAACCUCUUACUGGGGCUCCACACACUCUUUGUGUACUUGAACGUGGACUGUUGAUUUGGACGCUCUCUCGUGAUCCGUGACGUGAGAGGAGGAACACACUGACGUCUGUGUGCGCGUGUGUGUGUGUGUGUGUGUGUGUGUGCGCGUGUCAGUGUGUGUGUGUGUGUGUGU